ACAAGUGGAUUGUAACCUAUCAUGAAACUUGAUUUUGGAUUUGGGGUCUGUCUGAGUUUGAUUUUAGAUAAUUUUGUCCUGGGAAAUUCAGUUUAAGAUUAGUUGGGGACAUAUUGAAUGUGAAAGCUUAUUUAGUAGGCCUUGUUUUCUCUCAUUUAUUGAGAAAAGUACAUGAUUCUCUUUCCAUGAGUGUAUCCUGGACAGUGCAGAUUUUUGCAUGUUCUCUCUCCCUUAAUUUCUUAUGGUAUUCUCUAUUAUUUGCUUGCUUGUAUUCUAGAUCAGGAUUUAACCUAGUGUUGGGUUAGUUUAGUUGUUUGAAUUUAUACUUAACAGUGAUGAUUGGUUUUGAUGGUAGACACAAAGUUGAGUUGGCCCCACCUUAAUUGAAGCAUUAAGGCUUUUGUGGUAUGAAGAAAUUAAUGUACUGUUUUGUUGUGAAAGACUGAGGAUUAUGUGGGGCAUACCUUUUCAGGAGACCAUGGCUUGGGUGUUUAUGGAUACUUACUGAUUGAGGCUAUGAAGGAGACCCAUGGUUAUUGGAUUUUGAGUUAUUUUAAAGAGAAAAGAUAGCUAAUCGAUCAGGGUGCAAAGGGAGUAGCUUAUGUGGUGCAAGGUUCAAGGAAUGGGCUAGAGCUUAUGCAAAUGGUGUAUGAGGCAUACUUUUUUGAUAUAUUACUCAAGCAAUUUUGAAUUAAAAUAACUAGAAGAAGAGCAAUUAGAGGAAUUUUUUUUUACAAAAGCUUGAGUUGUUUUGCUGUGUUGACUUUCUCGUCAGACAAUGCUUAUGUUCAGAUGAGUGCCUGAGGCAAAUUGUACAUCUAAUGAUGGCAGGUAUUUAUUAAAUGUGAUGUAAAAUUGCAAGAUAACAUGAUUAAUUGUCUACAAUAGUUUAUUAUUGGAAGCCCAAUGGAGUUUGACAACAUAUGCUCGACAUGAAAGCUCAAAAACACUUUGAAAGACAAAAUGGCAGGAUGAUUAUUCUAACCGCUGGAAAUGCUAACUGAAUUCAGUUGCUGCAUUUUUUCAGUUGCUAGUUGCGAGAUAUAUGUUGACAUGCUUGAAGGCUCAAUAAGUUACAUGUUACGUGGAAAAUAGGAAACCAUUAGAUUGGCUUUGAAAGGAUAUACAGUGACCGUCUCUUCUCUUUUGAAGCAUUUGUGCUUAAUGAAAUUAAAGUAAUUUGUUCAGGUAGUCUAUCUAGGGGUGCUAUCUUCAUGCUUUCUUUCUAAACUUGGAAAGGUUAUAUAGUAAAUUUUCAGUAAAGUUUGAGCAUACAAAGCCUAGGUUUUUUCUCCUUAGUGAUGAUGUUUAGUUUAGAGAGAAUUUUGAGGAUGAUGAAAUUGAGAAUGUUAAACUUUUCCAAGGAUUCAAGUUUGCACGUGCCAAGCAGGGGAUGUUUGUGUAGAAGUGACAUGGCCAUUGGUUAAUUUCAGUAUAGCUUUUACUUUUAAGCUCAAUGCAAUCAAGGUGUUUCAAUGUGGUAGACGUGUUGUAGAAUCAAAAUAAUGAGACAUGCAUGGUGCCAAUAAUUUGCAUCGUCUGGACAUGUAGUGAAAAAAAUGGCAAAACUGUUGGAAGAAUUUAUAGAUUUGAUAGUCUAAACCUGACCCCUUCAAGUUUACAGUAGUCAGGGUUUUACAUUUUUUUUUUUAACCAUUAUUGAUCCACCAAGUUUGUGAAGUCCCAAAUUGCCGAAGCUAAUUGUGUUGCUUAUUAAUUGCUGAGUUGCAUGUCUGGUUGAUACACAACUUAGAUGAGUAAUCCUUGAAUACCUGUUCCUUGGACUAGGGAUGCUAUUAUAUGUUGACACCUAGCCAUUUCACAUGGAUGUGAGGUGUUAUUGGCCCUUGGUACUUUUGUUAUGUAACUUGGAUGAGCAAUGUGUUUAGGUCAUGGCACCCGAUAAACUGCUGAAUAAUUACAGAUCAUUCUCAUCUGCCCAUGCUCUGUCUAUUUCUUCUUGCUGUUUAAUGAUUUUUUGGAUUUGUUUCUAAGGGAGGGGUUGCCAAGGACUAUCAUGGUUGAAGGAUGGAAUGUUGCAUAUGUUGACCAUGUCAAGUGGGGUUGGUACAAUAUAUGUAUGGAACCUGUGCCAAGAGCACAUUGGGUUGUUCUAGGUAAACCUAUUCUUCUGGAAACUAGUUGAUUUUUAAUUAAUUUAAUGUGGGAAGUAGACAUGUCUUGUUUAAAAUAUUUGCAUGCAUUUUAGUUAACAUUAAUUGGCAUAUUAUGCGAUUAGGAUCCAGGAUAAGGAGAAGGCCAUCCAAUGCCAAAGUACUAUUUACAUAUUUCACCUAUUUUAUGUAAAUGCGUGAUAACUUGAGGAGCCCUUGGUAUAAAGAAGUGCUUGAAUCUGUGUUGAAGGGUCUAGAUGAAUUAGGGAAGACCUAAGCUAACAUGUGAGGAUAUAUAAAACGAAUCCCAAGUAAUUAGGACAAGGCUUGGUAUUAUUGUUAUGAUUUCUUUUUUUAAAAUUUAGAACAAUUUUUUGUAUUCACUAUUAAAUGUGGAUUUGAACAUGUGUCAAAGGGAUGCAUGUAUGAUUCAUUAAUAUAAGUCUAAAUGGACUAUACUGGAGUAUUUAAUAGAUCAAUAUUCAGCAACAUGGUGGUACUUGAUGCCUAUGUACCAUGUCAGUAUUUGGUAUUCGGCAGCCUUGUGGCAUGAUGUGUCUCUUAUGUCACGGCACAAUAUGGAUUGGCCCCAAGUUUUUGUGUAAAAUUUUGUGUCUUGCUUAGAUUACUGUCAUUAAUAAAUAUCAAACCAUGUAAGAAAGAAAUUUAGUUUAAUAAUGAUUUUAGACACUAGCAGAAAUAUUAAUGAGGAAACACAUAAGAUCUGUAUUGCUUGGCUUUUCAGCAUGUUUCUUGGAACUGUUACCUUGGGAAGGUUAGAAUGGAAGAGUGGUGGAUGCAUAGGAUUUCCAAGGUCACCCACAAAGUUGAUUUGAUGAGGAUUCUUGGAUCCCUAGGGCUCGCAGAAGAACAGCUAGAAAGGUGCCAAGCAGGUCAAAUAGGUACGCCUUCAAAUACUAAGAGGCAGGUUCAAAGUUAAAAAAAGGGAGUGAGUGGGGGAUGGUCAAUUAUUUUAGUCAGACAAACUUCACAUAUCAAAUCAUGUUCAUGAUAGAGAUGAAAAAUGAAUUAAGAGAUCCAAAUAAAAAUAACAAAUUAUUAUCCUUAUGGCUGUGCUUGAGCUUUACAUAGCAUUUGAAGCAGCACAGGAGGCUGGGGGACUGCAGUUUUCAGAAUCUUAUCACUUUUCUCAAUAGUCAAUACUGGUGACCCUGUAGGUUGUGCUUUGCAUCUUCCUUUUAUUCAUUUUUAAGAUCAUACCAAAUUUUGAGUAUAAACAGUGAAUUUGAUUAUUAUUUUUCAACUGUUUCUACAAUGUUUUAAUCAAAAUAGGAUACUUACAGAGGAUCCUUUGCUGAAUAUAAGGUUUCCUUACCGGGUACUCUGUUAUCAUGUUGUGCAAGGUUUCUAGAUUUGUAUCGGUUAGCAUAGAAGAAGGGAUUUCAUGCCUCAUUUUUAUCAUACUUUUGGUACCUGGACUGUUGUAGACUCCAUUUUUAGAUACUUCUUCAGGUAUAAUUAUUUUCCCUUGGUCGUCAUACAAAGUAAUGGUGGUUUCAUUGUCCUACAAGACAAUAUUAUUUUAGUAAAUUGUUAUGGAUUCCUUGGUUGCGUACGUUCAAGUGAUUUUCCUAAUUGGAUUCCCUUGUACGUUUCAAUGUUUUGCAAUUAAUUUAUUUCAAAUUUGUAUCCAUGCAUAAGGAGACAGCAACAGCACAAGAAUCAUGGCUUUGCCAAUUUGCCUUUGGUUUGCUGUUGCCCAUAAAAUGGCCAUGAAAAUAACAAGCCUACUCCUAAAACAAGAUACGGGCUGGAGAUUGCAGCGUAAACAAGUAAAGUCCUACCUUUGUUUGAGGAUGCUGGAACUUGACAUGGGAAGAAGCCCAUCCUCUUCACACCUGAAACCUCAAUGAACGGCAGCUAGAAGGAUCACCAGAGUAUGUUCUGUGAUUCUAUAUAUGGGGGCCCUAAAAUUUCGAGGCUUUCAGAGAUAUAUAGGCUUACCCGACAUCUAGUUGCAGCUUAAUUUUUUGAGAAUUUAGAUUGUGGUUAGCUACGAGAAGUCAGCAAAUAACCUCAAAAACUUGACUUCUAAAACCAAAAGGAUUGUUAAAAAAUUUAAACGAGUUCCUGGAAAAGUGGAACUGAAAUUUACUUUUUUUACUUCAUCUAUUUAAAAAUUUUAGCUCCCUAAAAAGUGGUUUCAUCUUAAACUUAAGAAACUUUUCAAAUCAGAGGAAGCUCAAAGUCCGCCAAGUAUCAUGGCUCAACAUUUUCUGAAUUUAAAAUGGUGGAACGAGCCACGGCAGCAAGGAGAGUUAAUAUUUUUUACUUCAUGGCUUCUCAUCCAGAAGAUCUCUCAGAAUCCUCCCAACCGACGACUCUAUCAGCUUUAAACUGCCUCAAACCUUAGCCCAACGAAAAAGAGUCCCACCACCUUAACACUCUCUUUGUUUGCUUUCUCUCCCCCCAUUUCAAAAGCUCUCAAUCUCCUAUCUCUGAUUCAGAUAGGUGAGAAGGAAAAAAAAAAAAACACAAUGGGAGAUGUUCAACUCCCUCUGAGGCUCUCUACGUCUUACUACAUCGCCGUCUCAACGUCCAGCGUAGGAGAGGUCAUCUCCCCAACCUCCAAUGCUCCUCUCUUCACCUUCACGAAGCCCACAUUUAAGUUUUUCAGAUUGCCAAACUUCACCAAGGUGAGACGAAGACAUGGAACCAAAGAUGGCAAUGCAGAGAAGGUAGCGGUCUCACCGAACUGGCCAUUCUUCCGGGUGGUCAAGUCCAGAAGAUCGGAGACCUGCUCUCCCUCGCUGAGCCAAGAUAGUUUGAGCAGCAGUAGCGUCAACAAUAAUGAAGGAGAUGGCAUGGAAUCAGUUGCAAGCCAGAAGAGCCCUUCUGAGAAGUCCUCGCCGGUCUCGUCCAUCUCACCGUUGUCGGUGCUCAGCAGGAUGCUGUUCAUCGAGAAAGAGGCUAACAUGAUGGAAAAGAGUAAUGAAAAUGGUGGCAAGAAGGUCAGACGAGAUUCUCUUGAAUCUUUGAUGAGUUGGAAUGAUGCACCAAAAUUGUCAUCUGUGGAAGGUGAGAAGGAGAUGAAAUGGGACAUUUCUGAAUCGUCUGCAAGAUAUGAUCACCAGUUGCCGAGGUCUACUCCUUCCAAUGUCAAAGAUAUCAUCCAUGAAGAUGAUGAUGAGUUGUUUGAAUUGGAGAUCACCAAAUCUGAAUCUUCUUCUAUCUAUGGUGAUCAAUCGACGAGCUUGAGAAGAUCCAUUGGCAGUGACAUCCUUAAGGCCGAAGCAGACAAUGCAGUGGAGAACAGCAGUGAGCAGAUCCAGGGGGAUGACUUCCGUUUAUGUGAUGAUCAUGAUGGCAACAACAAGAAGACAAUAACAUGCAGAAGGGACAAUCCAUACUUUGUUCUCAGGUUAUUGGAGAGGUUCUCAGUGUCUAGUCCCCUUGUUCUUUUCAUUUUCAUGGGCAAAAUGUCAGGUGCCAUCGGCUUGUCGCAAGGCUCGAUGUUGUGGAUGGAUUUGAAGAAAAGAAUUCUGCUCUUAGCUGCGUCGCAGAUGCGGUGGGCAGGGAAGAUGAAUCUGAGAGUGAAGCAAGUAGUGAAGCAGAGAGUCAGUGGAGGUGAAGUAGAGCUGUGGAAAAAGAAUAUCCUAAUGGGGAGGAGGUGUAGGGUGUUGGAACUCGAAGACUCUGGGGAAAGGCAAGUGGCAGCAAAGGAUGCAACAGAUGUUCAUAUGAAUUUGGAUGGAGACGAGGCCAUGGCUGAGGGGUUCUCUCUGCAUGAAUUGAUGGAAGCAGCGGCCGAAGCUCCAGUAUUCAAUUGGACUUCAAAAGAAGCAAGGUCAUUUUAGCAGUGUUUGUCUGUCGUUCUGUAAUCUUAUUUUUCGUAGCUAGUUUGUUCUAUAAUUCGAUCUGGUCUUCUUCGAAUAAGUAACUACUUGUUACUUGACUGAUUUGGUGAGGGGAUGUUAGUGAUAGUAUAAUUAUUUUAGAGUUCUCUUAUGUUAAUGCUAAUAGAACCUCAAUAUAUUAUAUUUCUGUUUUUCUUCUUUA